UUACAUCGAUUGCCAUUCUGUGUUUGCUCGGUGUUGUGAUUGCAAGCGUGAAAAAGUCCUUUUCGCGGAGCAACCAAAAUGAAGCUGCUUAACAAUCUGCUGCUCAAGCGUACAUCCACGUACCUUGUUGGCAUUGCCGGAUGCGUAUUUUUCUUUGAACGUGGCUUCGAUAUGAUUACCGAUGCCGUAUUCGAAUCCCAUAACAAAGGGAAAUUGUGGAAGGAUAUCAAGCAGAAGUACGAGCAAUAAUGAUUGGAGAUGAAAAAUUAACCAGCUAAUUGUUUAUUUGAAAUAAAUCGUAGCUUACUAAAAUCCA